CGCGCGAACAAGCGUGUCCCUUUACUUCACUCUCGUGUGUGUUUGUUUCACCCGAGUCGUGUCGAAGGAGAAUAAAAAAGAAGAAGUCACCAUUGACCGAUAGCCCCCUGACAAACCAAAGAGCACGACCACUCGGCGUUUUACAAUUUCUUAAAUAUGGAGCAGAACCACAAGAAUAACGACUGCUACUUUUUCUACUACUCAACGUGCACGAAGGGGGAUAGUUGUGCAUUCAGACAUGAGCCUUCAGCACUUGGCUGCGAGGUGAUGUGCUCCUAUUGGCAGCAGGGUAACUGCCUCAACGAGAAGUGCAACUUCAGACACAUGGAGCUGAAGAAAAAUCGCAAGUCGAUUGCGUGUUACUGGGAGUCACAACGUAGUGGAUGUAAGAAGCCACAUUGUCCAUUUAUGCACACCCAGCCACGUCCAGCGGGUGAGACAACCCCCACAAAAGCCACUGAACUGCCAGCAAAACCAGUGAACCAAGAGUGGUCGAACCGUCCAGAUGACGGUAAAUUCGAUGGAAGUGGUACAGAGUCAGAUCAAGGACGUGGUAGCAGCGAGGCAGGAAGUUUCAUCGGUAGUCCAGCAGUUGAUCCUCUUAUCGUCAACUUUGACGAAGAAUCGGACAGCGAGGGUGUUGCAUCAUCGCCGAAAAAGGCACAUCAACCAACGAGAGUCCCAUACUGCAAGACUUACGAGGAGAUCAGACUGGAGGAGAUACAAGCAGAGAGUGCCGCAUACUAUUCCUACACAUCGAGUGAUUACCCAAAUUGCUCAGGUGGUGGUAAAGAGAAGAGAGUAACGAGCAUAAGAGCUGCGAGGAAGACCGUGUGCCUCUAUUCCCUGGGUAAAUCCCAAUCAAAAUCGACUGAUGAUAAUUUGAGCUUCAAGGUAUUGACCCUCGACGAGAUAAAGAGGCGAAAAAAUCGCACCGAUUCCAAGGUACCAGCUGUAAAUUCACAGGGAAUGCCAACAGUCAAGAGAAAAGUGCCUGAGGUACCGCUGUCAAGUGCCAUCGAGAGCUUGACAGAACUUAAGAAAUUGGAGACUGAGGAGAUAAAACUCGGGGAAUCACGCAAACGAGCAUUGGACACUCAAAUGGAGGAUGCGAUUAGCAAUGAGAGUAAGAGGCGUAAAAUUAACCGAAAUACAACAGUACCACCGGUGAGACUGAGGAGAUCACCCAAGAGAUUCAACAGAAGUGAAACUCAGACAUCUCAGGAAACUUGCGAUAAUGAGACGAGAGGAACUACGGAAUCACAGGAGUGUGAAAAUUCGAGAACUGAGAUUGAAGUACGUCUCUGCGACAGCAGCACUGAUGGUGCAUCUAAUGUUAAUCAAGUUUCAACUUCGGUGUCUGUCAUCGCGGGUGAUUGCGCUCAAGGUUUGGUUGAUCCAGCGGAUGAUUUGAAGCUCGAUCAGCUGAUCGAUGGGCAUACGCAUGACGAGGAGGACAUGGACAGUGCGAGUGAUGAUAUUCUCAAGGAUAUCGAUGCCUUAUUGACUGAGAAAUCAGUUUGAGGCUCGAUUGGGAUGAGUCAUAAAUUUAUUGCGCCCAUUUCAAUGGAGAUUUCAAUGUUGAUUUCAAUGAUAUUUACGUGACGAUGCAGAGUACAUCUGUAAGUGGUAUAAUAGUUUCGCAAGAGCACUGGCAUCAGGGACUCGUGUCGGGGCUGGAGAAUGCCCUUAUUAUUCUCAUCUCUGCACGUUUUACACUCGAGCUUUUCUUCGUGGCGAGGAG